AUGUCCAUUGACUUGGAUUGGGUUCAACUAUCCCCUCUCUCACAUCGUCUCGUCGACUCUCUCAACCGUCACCUCCAGUCCACGGAGAGACCAUCAUUUCUGGGCCCUAUAACUAUCAAUUCAUUCGAAUUCGGAACGAGUUCACCAGAUGUUGAAUUAAUAGAUAUUCGUGACAUUUACCGCGAUUUUCUGGAGGAUGAAGAAGACGAAGAUGCAUCAGAGAGCAGUCAAAGUUCGAGUAGCGGAGAAAAUAAGCAAUUCAUAGGCAGGCCACAACUGGCUGUUCAUAAUUCUACAGGAAAAUCGACGCGUUCCACCAAUACGAAACACCAGGAUGACGAAGGUUUCGAAUGGGUCAACAGACGAGGUACGGGUCGUGGCUUAGCCGAAACCGGGCCCGGGUAUCACUCCUUCUUCCCUCAUGUACGGUAUGGAGGAGGACCUCCUCCUCUCCCAUCAGAAUCGACUAGUCCACUCCCCUACCGAAGUGCCUGGGACACCAAUCCUCCGGCCUCGUCCUCUAAACUAACUCCCUCGGUAACUGGUCCUGUUCGAGAUGAGGAGA